AUAGGCUUGUGUUUCGCCUUACCACUCGUAUCCGUACUUAUAUACGCCUACCAGCCGUUAGCACAUGAUGCCACUCGCGAGUUUUAUAGAUUGCCCUACUACAAUGCCGUUGGAGGAACGUAUACCCAGGGCUGGGGAGAUCUUCGAUUUGUUCUGUUUGGUAGUGUUCUCUUCACUGUUUUGAGAGCGGUUACAAUGAGGUAUCUGCUUAAGCCGCUAGCGCGUUUAGGCGGUGUCGAAACGAAGAAGAUAGCUCGCUUUGCUGAGCAGGGCUGGUUAAUGAUACAUCACUCCUCAUUUUGGAUAACAGGCAUGUACAUCAACUACAAUUCAGUAUACUGGAUGAAUUUAUACGAGUUAUGGACGAACUUUCCAACGCGCGAAAUGACCGGUCUAAUGAAGAGCUACUACCUCCUUCAACUAGCGUUUUGGUUGCAGCAGAUUUUUGUUCUAAAUUUUGAAAAGAGGCGAAAAGACUAUUUGCAGAUGCUCACUCACCAUGUUAUCACAAGCGUACUCCUCGCAACAAGUUAUACCUACUAUCAAACCAAAGUUGGAAACGUGAUUUUGUGCCUGGUGGAUGUGGUGGAUGCGCUUUUUGCGGCUGCCAAGCUUCUCAAGUAUCUAGGUUUUCAGACCGCUUGCGACGUUGCCUUUGGCAUCUUUAUUGUCAGUUGGAUUGCUAAGCGUCAUGUUUUUUAUAUCAUGGUGUGCUGGUCUACAUAUACCCAUCUCACCACAGUAAUGCCUUACGGAUGCUACGACUCCAUCUCUGGAAAUCUGCUUCCCGACUCUAUCCGGACUCCUCGCAACGGCGGGGAUAGGAUAUUUCGCGAGAUUUUGCAGUCUUUGCGCGACCCUGGUGGUCCAAUUUGUUUCAACUCCUCCAUCCGGUCCGUUUUCCUUGGAUUACUUGGAGGCCUUCAGCUGCUUAUGCUAGUAUGGUUAUGGAUGAUUCUUAAGGUUGCGAAAAUGGUGUUUGAUGGCCAAGGGGCUGAUGAUACCCGCAGUGACGAUGAAGAAAGCGCGUCGGAAGAA